UCCACAAGUGGCGGGGACUAUUCCGUUUAAAUUCAAUAAUCACGAAUUAGGGCUACAGCGUCUACUAAUAAACGGAAUGUGGACACUGUCGUAUCGCUGGGAGGAUCACUCGCAAAUUCGUCAAAGUUGUCACGACACGCCCGAGCCCGCAAUAACAAAAAACGGAGGCGCAAUGCUCCGCACCAUCAACUGUGGCAAUAUCGUCAGAGUGUAA